AUGGCCUUCUUGGUGUGGGUGAGAAUCUCAAAUGCUACACAAGAUCCAGAAACGAGGUGUUCUGUAGCACAAGAUCAGAUUGUUAAGCUUAUCAGAGAGGACGGUGAUUGGUGUCACAUUGAAACAAUCGAGGGGGCUGCCGGACGGGUUCCCAAAGUUCUCACAUUGCCUAUCGUCGAUCCGAAAAGACUUCCCGGGGAACAAAUAUACUGCUCAGUUGACCCGUAUACAUCUAUUCGCUCCGAUGAUCUCUCAUUUGCUCCGUUUUCAAUAUUUGUAGCAAAACCAUCGGCGUCGAAUUCGGGAUAUCUCGACGGAUAUCUGGUGAAUGAUAACGCCGUUCAAAUCGGACGACGUGGAUUGUUACCGGAAGGAUAUUUGGUGAAUUUGAAUGUUCCAUCGGAAACUGAAAAUCAAUCGAUAGAUCAGAUGAAACCAUCGUUUACAACGGAUUUCAGCGAAGCAGAUGUCAAGUUUCGAACGCCGACGCAACGGGCGGUCAUUUCGAAUUAUGCGGUGUCGCCCUAUGCAAGAGCGGUUUUCGAUUUUAAAGGAGAAUUCGCGAAUGAGCUCUCCUUCUCCGCCGACGAGAUCAUCAAUCUCCACCGUCGUAUCGAUUCGGAAUGGCUCGAGGGUUCCGUCGGCUCCGCUCGUGUCGGAAUGUUUCCCGCCUCAUUCGUUCAAAUCAUUGUCGAUUUACCCGAUGACGACGCCGCCUCGAUUCAGAAUCAUCGACGAUCGACGACGGGCACUGAACAAGAUGGAAUCGGAAUUGCCAGCGUUCGUCACGCGUUCACAGGACGUCAGGGUGAUGAGUUGACUGUAAACGCCGGGGAUACUGUAAGAGUGUUACGAAUGGUCAAUGAUGAAUGGGUGAUGUGUAAGGAUCCGGAUACGGAGAAGACUGGAAUCGUGCCUGUCGGAUUCUUGGAGGUCUAUUUGGACGAGGAAGACGAUGAUAAUCAAUCGGGAGCGAGACGAGGGACGGGAGGCACUGGGAAUGAGUUUUCGUUCGGAACCUCGAACAACCGCUCCUCGUUCAUCUCGAACGCCGAAUCGUCAUCUGACUGGAGACUCACAAGAACUGGAACCACUUCCAGUAGCACCGAUUGGGCGACUUUCGGAGAUCCCAACGCUGGUGCCACGUCAUCAACGUCUUCAUCGAAACCAUCACAGAGUUGGGCGACAUUUGGAGAGGAAUGGAUAGCCCCUGUUCAGUUGUCCAAAACGUCCGCUCCCGCUCGACCACCGCCUCCGAAACAGAGCUCAAUCCAGUCGCCGACUACAGAUUUAGGGAAUAUUGGAGAUAUGUUUGGAAUGGAUGGACGAGUGGCACCCACUGUUCCCAACAGUGGUGGAGGAGGUGGAGGUGUGAUUCAAUCUGCCAGUGAUUUCGAGAUUGGAUUGAUAUCGGCCACCGAGGGAGCAUCGAAUGAUGAGGAUAAACGAUGCAGAAUUAUUGAGGAAUUGAUUAGUUCCGAGUUGCAGUUUAUUAGUGACAUCAAUUCGUAUACUGAGGCUGUUGACAACACUCCACUUCUCAACCAAAAACAAAAAGUAAUUCUGAAAAAUGGAUGUGCACAAAUCGUUCAACUCUCCGCGAAUCUCGUUCAACUUCUCACCAAUGAGCAGAUCAAACCACAAGACGCCCAACAAAUCGGCGCUUGUUUCCUUCAACUCCGAAAACCGUUCGCCCAGAUUUAUGGAUUCUAUUUCAGAAAUAUCGAGCACAUCAACGCGUUGACCAAUUCGGCGAAACACGAGAAAACGAUGGAAUCCGCACUGCAAGAUAUUGUGAAACGAAUGCGAGAAGGUGGUUCAGUGGUGAUAGACGGACCGACGGCGGUGUCACGACCCAUACAGAGAGCGACUAAAUAUCCACUGUUUUUGAAUGAAAUUGUCAAGCUAACACCUCUCGUCCACACGGAUCACCCGAAACUAACGGAAGCGAUCAAACAAAUGUCAAAUCUCGGACAGAAGAUGAACGAGUCGAAGCGGAGGAAAGAAUUGACUCAAAAAUACAUGUCCGACGACAAGCAGACAUUCGGUGAGAUGCUUUCCAAGAUGACAUUUCACUCGUUAAAAAAGAAAUCGAAUCGAUUCACGUAUCGAAUGGGAUCAUCGUUGGGUGUCGUUAAAUUGCUCCGAGACACUGACUUCGAUCGUCUUGUAUGUGAGUUGGAUAGUGCUGAGCGGCGACUUGUUCGAUUCAACUAUAUGUUGGUGAUCUAUCGAAAGAAGAUGUUCCAUGAGACGCGGGUGUUGAUGCAUAAGAAAUUGGUUGAGCCGAGAAAAAAGCAACUCUCAAACGGCGACAUCGAUCACCAAUUGCAGCCAUUCAAUCACGCGAUCAAACUGUGGGCGAAUGACGUGAAUCUGAAAAUUCGAGAUGAUAUUGUGAAGGCGUUGAGAAAUAUUCCGAAGAGACUAAUCAAGAAGAGAAACGACAAAUUGAUGGAUUACGAGGCGUCGAGGACGAAAGAGAAGGGCAGCGGGAAAAGAGAUUUCGCGGAGAUUCAGAAGGACUACGAGGCGUUGAAUACGCAGGUGAAACAGCAGUUGCCGAAGGUUACCGAGUAUUUGACAACGGUCCUUGCCAACUCGAUGAAACUGGUAUCGGAACAUGACAAACGUUUAAUGGAGACACUCCGAAAACUGUUCAACGAAGCGAAAUCUCGUGUAAACGAAGAUCAAUCGAGAGCCUCCCGAGCUCUGAUCAUCCCGACGUCCAUCUGUUUCGUCGAUUAUUACGACGUGGAUCGAAUGAAACCACUUCAGAAGAUUGCCAACAAAGCAAUUCAGAAUAUGAAGCAACGCGCUCGUUCGGCGUCUCCAACUAACAAAAAAGCGUCGGCGGCGGCGGCUACCGUACCCGACAAUCGAGAUCUAUGGUCUACCAACGCGUCUGUCGUGGCACCACCGGCUCAAUCUGAAGCCCUCCCGACGAUCUCUGAAUACGUCCCCGGCCACACCACCCACAAAUUCCGUCCGCAAAACCAAACAGAACGAAACACGAUUCUGGAGAAGGCUGGAGCGAAAGGGCGUCUUGGCGACAUCUUCGUGGCGACAUCUCACUAUCCGGCUGAUGCUGGAAUGCUGAAAUUAGCAUUAGCUGAGGGGAAACUAUUGAUUGUCAGACAGAAUGAUGUGGUGUUGGCAGUGAAUCGAGAGGUGCCGAGUAUGUGGCUCUGUUAUAAUGGGUAUUAUAAUGCGAUGCUUCCAAGUAAUAUUCUGAAACCGUACACGUCGAUUGAGAAGGGAGAAGACGCGGCUCAAAUGGUGAAUCAGUCGAAUCUCCAUCGAGUUAAUGCGGUGAAAGUGAACACACCGAAAAGUCAAAAUCUCAUAGAUCUAGAGGAUCUCUUUGGGGAUCCUACUCCAGCGAGUACGGUACCAGCUGCUCAAGCUCAAGCUCCGCCCCCACAACAACCCAAUUUCGCUGACUUUGACUUCUCUGCAAUGACACCAUUGCAGCCGACGUCUAGUCAGCAGCAGAGCUCUCAAAACGCUCAGUUUGACUGGAAUAUGGCGGCGAAGACGUUGCCGUUGGCUCCGCCCCCUCCGCAGGGGGGACCACAGCAGGCUCCGCCCCCACAAGCUGCUGGAGGCGCCAACUACAACUUGGAUCUUGACGAUUUGUUCUCUGGUCUCUCCACGAUAGAUUGGGGAGCCAAAUCGUCGAACGUCCCGGCUCUCGCCCCCUCUCCACUCUAUAACAAUGACACUGCCACGUCACCACCGGUCUCCGGAUUCCGUGGAGUCGACUUCCAGACGGGUGUAUUCAAUCCGAAUUCCCUACCCGAUGAAGCGCCGCCCCCACUACCGGUCAUCAUGAAUCCCGCGAGAGAUUCCGACCCGUUCUCUGUGAAUUUCGACUCUUCCAGUUUCGGAAAUGACUCGUUUUCCAACAAUUCCGGUGUGAAAUUCCCGGUUAGCUUUGAUGAGCAACCGAGUGGAUUCGCCACGCUAUCCGCUGCUGGAAAUUCCACAACGACACAAAUCAGAAGUGCCUCCGCGGCGGCACAACCAACGAAUGUAUGGCCAACGAUGAUGGCUAGAGCCGACUCCCCACAACCACUGAUCCCGUCCAGACCGGGACCCGCUGUCAAAAAUCAAGUGUAUCCGAGUUUGAAUGAGAGCUCGGCGAUUUAUGCGAAUACUAGUGGAUUUUCGGGACUCCCUCCAGCCCCCCAACAAUCCUCAUCCGCCCUCCCCCCACUCUACUCAUCUGUUCCCAAUGACACUAUGAGUAUGACCUACGCGAUGCCCCCAAUGUAUGACGUCACCCCACAAACGCCACAAUUCCAACCACAAGUUCCAUCUCUCUCCGCCUACGACACGCCGCCUUCCAUCGCUCCAAUGUACGAUCAAUUGCCUAGUGAGCCGCCAGCGUCACCAGCAGUUCGACCAGUGCUAUGUCAAGUUAAAGUGGACUACGACUUCCUACCACAGGGAUCGAAUCAAGUGGAAGUCCGUGAGGGCGAAGUGAUUGGUGUCCUCCAACGAACGGAUGACGACGGGAAUCCCGAGUGGUUGCUUAUCAAAAGAGCCAGUGGACAAGUGGGAUACGUGCCCGCCGCCUACUGUAGACCCACUUAA